GAUACCAAAUAUGCAUGAAGAAACAGUAUUAUCUGUUUAGGAUAAUCCUUGCGUUCUGUAGAGAAGUAAGUGAGGAUACAGUAGUGGCAUUAUGGAAGAACUCUUCAAGGAUCAGUACUUUUUGUCUUUCAAUGAUUCAUGGAAAAAUUCUACUUUGGGGAACGAAACUGACAGGUUAAACCAAACAGUGAACCCCCUAAAACGAAAUGAAGAGGUAGCAAAAGUGGAGGUUGCAGUAUUGGCCUUAAUCUUGCUUUUUGCUCUCGCCGGCAACAUAUGUGUUCUGGUUGCUAUCCAUACAGCCAAACACAGUAAAUCUCGCAUGUAUUACUUCAUGAAGCAUCUCAGCAUUGCGGACCUAGUGGUGGCUAUCUUCCAGGUCCUGCCUCAACUUAUCUGGGACAUUACUUUCCGCUUCUAUGGACCGGACAUCCUCUGCAGGUUGGUGAAAUACCUUCAAAUAGUCGGAAUGUUUGCCUCGACUUACAUGCUUGUACUGAUGUCAAUAGACAGGUGCCUGGCUAUCUGCCAACCACUAAGCUCUUUGCAUAAAAGAAAGGACCGGUUUUAUGUCAUUUUCUCCUGGGUCCUCAGCUUGCUUUUCAGUGUCCCACAAGUUUACAUCUUUCAACUGAGAGAGGUUGGAUCCGGCGUAUAUGACUGCUGGGGAGACUUUGUACAGCCCUGGGGAGCCAAAGCAUACAUCACUUGGAUAAGCCUCACUAUCUACAUUAUUCCAGUUGCCAUACUAAGCAUUUGCUACGGACUAAUAAGUUUUAAAAUAUGGCAGAACUUUAAACUGAAAACUAAGCGAGAUGAGUGCAUUACACUGACCCCAACAGCAUCGAAAAGCAACACGCUCGCGCGAGUGAGCAGCGUCAGACUCAUCUCCAAGGCAAAGAUCACGACCGUUAAAAUGACGUUUGUGAUUGUCAUGGCGUAUAUCGUGUGCUGGACUCCGUUUUUCUUCGUACAGAUGUGGUCAGCUUGGGACCCUGCAGCGCCCAGGGAGGCCAUGCCCUUUAUCAUCUCCAUGCUGCUGGCUAGUCUGAACAGCUGCUGCAAUCCCUGGAUUUACAUGUGCUUUGCGGGGCACCUGUUCCAUGACCUGAAGCAGAACCUGCUUUGCUGCCCAGCGAUCUACCUGAAAUCAUCCCAUUGCCGCUGCAAUCUGGAGCACGGCUCCAGCCGCAAGAGCAACUCCUCAACUUAUGCCAUGAAGAGUACCAGCAGCCAGAGGAGCAUCACCCAGACAUCCACCACAUAAACACCAUUGCAGGCUACGCUGAUGCUAAUCACACGUGAGGAAUUGGAAUCGCUGCAUAUAUAGAAGGGCGAUGUCACAGAAGUCUGUUUAACCUUGGAUAGCAGACUAAUAGGACUCCCAGAUUUGGGCAAUGUGAGCGUCAACAGGAGCUUUGGCUCUCUCACUGCAAUUAAUUCUUGGAGAUAUUUAAAGGGGAAUGUCCUUUUCCUGAACCCUAUGCUUCUUGACAUAAAAAAGACUAAUUCACACUGUCUGAGAGCUUGGGGGUGUGUAAUAUAAUAUCAGAACUCAUUAACGUUAAAUGGGAUCAACAAAAUAACUAUCAGAAUGUGUUUGAGUUAUGACAGCUCAAUACAGAGGGCAUUCUGAGCAGUCACUUCUGGUCUUCUAACCAUUACUGGAAUUUAACUUCCACUAGCCUCAAUACAUUCACAUCAUUAACUCUAAAAAUAAUUUUUUUAAAAGAGCGACAAGAAAUGCAGCAUAGGUUGUUUUUCUUACUCUUUAGACUCUCAUCCUGGCAAUAUUGUGUAUGUUUUUGCAGAUUUACUAAUUUACUUCAAAUAUAAAUUUUAAGUCAAUAUUAAAGACAUGACCCUAAGUCUAGAUCUAUUCUAAACAUGAAAACAGCAGAAUCCCUUUUUUGUUUUGUUUUUAGAUGUGAAGUACUUCAUUAAGAUGGGUUUGAUGCCAUUUAUUAUUCAUUCAGUCACACACUUGCACAUGUUUAUUAGGUUGAAAAUUGUCCACAUGGGAGAGUUAACCAUGAGUUGUUUUGCAUUCAUGAAACUUGUUACUACUGCACAUUCAUCUUCUUAAACGUGAUUACAUCCAAAGUUCUGUAGUCACACACCUUUAGUUGCUUUAUUCUUAUGUGUAAUUACAAAGAACAUCUGAUAAUAUUUAAGAUUUUAGAGAGUUUGAUCCUGGUAAGAACUUUGUUAACUGUAUUUAAGUAAACAAAAAUAUUCUGAAUGUCAGUCUAAAAACAUUUUUUUUUGUUUUAUUUUUCCAUCUUCCAAAGAUAUUUUAAAGCAGAGUAUAUUUGUAAAGCCAGCCAGAGAAUAAAUUUGACACAUUUCACAUAAAAUAUCACAUAAUUUAAAAAGAAAUAAUUUUUGCAAUGAGUACUACAAGAAAUAACUUGUCAUUCAGUUUCAAAAUGGUGCAGUAUUGCAAAGUGGUGCAGUAUUGCUUUUUUCACAUCUUGUGCUGCUGUUUUAAUAAGGGUGUCUGCCUGAGACUAUCCAAUCUUUCACCAUGUUCUUACAUUCUUCUAUGUGCUAAAACAAUUUUUGUUAAAAAACUACUGGAAAUCAAUGCCCAUUUGUAGUUAAUAUAAACAACCAUUAAGUAAUUUAUUGAUAAAGUGUAUGUGCAAAUAAAUAUGACUAUGACAUAAUGUUUUCGGUAAACAUAUUUUCCAAGAAAAUGUGAAUAUUGAUUUUCUGGCUUUAUGAAGUUCACCAGUAAAGAAAAAACCCUCUUUUUUACUGUCUUAGUUACAUUCCUAGUUCAAGGAUUGCUUUUAUGUGGCUAUUGUGUGUAGUAGCCUACAAACAUUUAUUAUUAGAAUGGCCAUAUAAAUGUUGUGUCCAAAGCAAUAUAAAGGUUGGGGGGAUGGGGUGGCUAGGAAUGAUUGUGAUUAUAAAUAAAUAGAAAAUACUCUGUUUUAAAUGUUGAAAAGGAAGUCCUGAACACAUUGCCCAUAAAGUAACUCGAUGGUAGGCUAAUAGCAAUGAUUGAGCCCACAGUGUAUUUUGUGAAAUUGUACUGAAUGCGUGAAAGUGAACUGGAAGUGAACUGAAAUAUCUUAUGCAACUUUUUGUACUCGCUUCAAGCUUGUCAACCUAAGCCUGAUUUUAGCUUGUUAGUUUCUUGACACAUAUGUACCAAUAUGUAAUAUAUGUACUCAAUCCUCUUUUGAGACGAGUUCAUUCUGAUGACAUGAAGUAUAACCAGGAAAUACAUAUGUACCAAGCAACUGUCAGCUAACAUUACACACCAUACAAAAGUAACACUGGCGAACUCAGGCCAUGCCUCUCUAACAUAUGUAAUGUACUUAUUUUACUGUUAAUGAAAAAGAAACUUCAUUAUUGAAAUUUCUUAAUUUCUUAAAAAUCAUCAUGCUCUCUGCCUUAUCAGCUAUAAAAGACUCAAUUAAAAAAAUCGGCAGCAAACAUUCCCUUAAUUUUCUGCCACCCUAUAUUAGGAGGUUAAUGGCGAGACCACUUUUUGUAAUUAUUUAGUUGAAUUCAGCUAUCCCAGUUUCUUUUAUCAUGCCGAUGCAGUCUAACGUUUGAAACUAUGCACAUUGUUCUCCUGCAUUUUGAUGCAUUUAAAUGAUAUUCUGGUUACUCUGCUGUUAUUUCAUGAUAGUUUAGCACCGAGAAAGUCAGCAGGACUAAGUGGCCAAGGACAUUAUCAAACAACUCAUUCCAAUUAAGAUUUUUUUUCCUUUAGGUUUAUAACACCAUAUAGCUCUGCUAUUCUCUCUACCCUUUUCACAUUGUUUUCAUAUUUUAAUAAUCUGUUGUCUGGUGAGGUCUUAAAAAUUAAUAGACUAUAAAUAAAAUAUUAAAAGUAUGACCUCACAAACGAUUAUCAUGUUAUGAUUAUUUAAGUGAAAUAAACCAAAAGAAAUCAUAUUAAAAUGUGGCUAAACUGGAUAUAUUACAGACAUAUUAUUCAAAAAUAUAUGACAAUAGUAGCCUAUCCUCCUUCAUGAAGCAACGCAUACCAAGGCAUGUUUUAGUUCAUGUCUCUUUUUGAAAACAAAACUGAAUAACUCCUAAAGUCCAUUAUGAUGACAUGAAGUUUAAUCAGGAAAUAUAUUUUUUAUCCCCAAAUGCCAAUUUAUCACUUUAAUGUGAAAGAACAGUUUGACCUUUUAAAAAUAUAUUUAUUUUGUGCACAGUACACAUUACACAGUACAUGUCAUAGUGAUAAAGAAAACAUAGAUAUACCUAAUUAAGAUACAUUUAAUCUAAAAUACAGGACUUUGAUGACUUCUAUGAGCAAUUUUACCUUUGAAUGUCUUAUUUUUGUGACAUUACAUACCCCCCCACCCC